AAUUCAUGGAAUGAGUCCAACAAUCUAUUAAUAGAUUCUCUACCACUCUAUAGGAUGUAUAAUAGACCUUACAGUAAAGUAGAGAGCAUAGUGGACAACAAAUACACUUCUGCUAGUAAAUAGUGAAUGAACAGAUGCAAUGACGGUGACUGUUGUACGUCGCUACAGUCAACUAUUUGUGAUUCUAGGACUCGUCGUGAGCUGUCACUGUGAAGGAUUGACUGGACAGUCCAGCAGCUGUGGUCAAGGAUGGAUGGAAUAUAAAGACAGCUGCUAUCUUCUAGUUCAAAGUAACGUCACGUGGCCACAGGCGAGGUCAAAAUGUCUUCAGGAGUCAUCAGAACUGACCAGCAUCCACUCCCUAGAAGAAAACAAGUUUAUCUCCUCAAUGCUUCCGAACAACUCCAAGUACUGGAUUGGACUUGAACGUUUGAUCACAGGAGAAGAUAAUCAUUGGACAGAUAACUCUUCUCUACAUUUUUUAGGUCUUAGCAAUGGGUCUGAAGCUUUUCGGAAACUGUUCUCUGGAUUUUGUUUUUACAUUGAACAAAAGAGUGGUGACUGGAAGACUUCAGACUGUCAGUAUAUAUCAGACAGUGGCUAUAUAUGUAAGAGACGUCUAUACAAUGAACCAGACGAUACACAGUCCCAGUACAAAGUGGCUUGUAUGGAACAAAGUCCCAGGACUUGCUAUACAUUUUACACAGAGAGUAGACCUUGGGAGGAAGCUCAGAGAUUGUGUAGAGAACAGAGUCAAAGCUUGGUGACUAUCACAGACAGGCAAACACUUCUGUUUGUAAAGACAUUUUUAAGAGUCCAUUCAAUAACCUUAUGGACCGGUUUAUCAUUUUAUAAUAGUAGCCUCCAGUGGGACAGUGGAAUAGAACAAGAUCCAUACCCUCGGAUAUCAGGAGAUAAAGAAAUCUCUGGAUGUGUCGCCCUGAAAUCUUUGGCCUGGGAGACGCAGAGCUGUAACACAUCAUUGCCAUUUCUGUGUGAGACUAAGCAAGACAUCCCUAUUAAUAUUUCAACUUCAAGAACGAGUACUGACGCGAACAACCGCUCUAUAGUAAGCAGACGUAUAGUACCAGGACCUCAUCCUCUACUGACCAACACUUCAAAACAGAGUCUACCUCAGACGGACAUAAAGAUUUCUCCUGAAAAAACACUCCUCAGAUCUUUAGAGAUUCGAGAAGCUGGUGACGGACUUCAACAAAAUUGCUCGAACGGCUGGAUACCAAGAAAUACUAGCUGUUACAAGGUUUUUCUUGAGAGAAAAAGCUGGCAUGGAGCUAGGUAUCACUGUGAGAGUCAGGGGGCAAAUUUACCCAGCAUUCAUAGCUUCUUAGAAAACAAUGAUCUCUCCAAGUUAAUGAAACAUCAUGGUUUGGGUUUAAUAUGGAUUGGUCUACAUGAUUCAUCAAAUGAAACAGAUUUUGAAUGGACAGAUGGAUCUCCGUUCGACUAUAAGCGUUGGUCAAAAGAUGAACCAAAUAGUUUGACAGUUUCUGAAGAUUGUGUGGAGUUUCCUGAGUCGGGAUUUUGGAACGACAACAACUGCAACACAAUCAGGUCUUUCGUGUGUGUAAAGGAUAUGGGUUCAACUUCUGUUAGACCAUACCUUACAACUACUGAAGCCCCAAGGUGUGCAGAGAGAGGAUGGCUGUAUUAUGGCGGAUAUUGCUAUUAUUUGAGCGAAGACUCAAAAAUUUGGAGGGAAGCACAAGACGUCUGCCGAAGCAAAGGGGCAGAACUCAUCAGCUUACAUUCAGAAGAUGAAAAUAAUUUCCUUUUACAUCAGCUGAGCAAACAGAAAAGCUGGAUAAGUCAUUUCUACUGGAUAGGUCUAAACAGGAUUGGUCAAGAUAAUUACACAUGGUCUGACGACACUGAAGUCGACUAUGUAGCAUGGUAUGAUCGUAAACCACCAGGAAACAUUCGAUGUGUCACGACUAAAUCCGAACAUGCGCUCUGGUUUCCUUCAUCUUGCUAUGCUUCCAACCCGUAUAUCUGUAAAAAGUCCAAUGACUCAUCAGUGACGUUGCCUUCCAAAAUGACGAGAAGUACCCCAGCAACGAGAUUCUCAACGGAACCUUUUCAAGGUAUCUGUCCUGCAGGAUUCAUUAGCAGAGAAGACAUUAUAAAAUGUUUUUACGUUGGAGGGACCGGCUACGAAGGUAAAUUGACGUGGAAUGAAGCGAAAGACGCUUGCAGCAACAUGUCAGGUCAAACAAAGGUGCAACUCGCAAGUAUAAGAAACGUCAGACAACAAGCUUUCUUGGAUUUACUAAUGGAUCGCGUUGGAGUGAAUGCUUGGAUCGGAUUAAAGGGCAACAAAUAUGGAUAUUCUUUCACAUGGCUAGAUAACUCUGCUGUCAUAUAUAAAAACUGGAAGAUCACGCCCGGCUUUAAUAUGUACCGUCCUAAUCUUCAUCGCUUUUCUUACAAUUCGCCCUGUGUGUAUAUUAUUGGAGAUGAAUUUGAAAGUUUGGGUGAGUGGAUUCCAACAAAAUGUCAAACCAAACACGCUUACAUCUGUGAAACACAGAAAGUGGCUAUACCUACUGUAGACACCGGAGUUUCUACAUCUUCACUAAUGCCUGCAACAGUAUCUACCAUUCUGACGUCGUCGGCUGUACCGUACACAUCGUCUGGAGCUUCUAAAUCUUCAUCUAGUCCUGCUGAAUGUCCGGAAGAGUUUCAGAAAUUCCAUACCUCCUGUUAUUUGGUGGUCAGUCAGUUAGAGACUUGGGAUGAAGCCAGAAGCUCGUGCCAGGCACGUGGAGCUGAUCUUGCCAAAACUGAACAUGUUCUUCAGCUUUCAAAGAUUACUUUACUUCUAGCUGACGUCGAUGUAAAGAGCCCCGCAUGGAUUGGGAUUAAACCGACAGAUGGGUCUAGUUUUGAGUGGACUGAUCAUACCCCCGUGCGGAGGUUCUUCUGGAGUGACGAGACGAUGUCCAAUGACAGUGCCAAUGAUUUGACCCAUUUCUGUGUUUCUUUAUCUGACAAUAAAUGGAUCAGGUCUGAAUGUGGAUGGAAACAGCCAUACAUCUGUGAAACGAUGUUAGAAAUUGAACCUACAGCCACGGUGUCUUUACCUAGCAACCAAACUCUGUGUAAAGAUGGCAAGUCCGUUCAACACGGAGAUUACUGUUACCUCAUGGAAAAGGAUCAAGUCUCCUGGCCUGAAGCUGACUACAUCUGUAGACAACUUGGCAUGCAACUUGUCAGCAUCCGUUCCAGAAGUGAAACUGAGUUUCUCGUGAAUCAAGCUCAACAAAUAUUUGACACGUUUUAUUAUUGGAUUGGAUUAGAAAGUUAUGAAAAUGGAUCCUUCCAUUGGACUGACGGUUCGGCUAUGGCCUACAUUAACUGGGCUGAAGAUUAUCCAGAGAUCUCAGAUCGUCAAAAUGAAAAGUGCGCCGUGUUAGACAGCAACAAUGGAGAGUGGUAUCCUGUAGACUGUCUGACGGAGUUGCCUGGUUACAUCUGCUCAUCUGUUUCAGAGAAUGUCAACCUAUCACCGAGAAGCGAAAAGUUAAGUUCAAACAUCAGUGGUGGUAGUGUAGCAGCCAUUGUGAUAGUUAUUUUGUCAGCUUUUACCCUCGUCGCCUUUGCUACAAUUUACGCUGUAAGACGUGGAAAGGGGAGACCAGCCAGUGAUCAGCAACUUCUACACCCUAACGGUUUUGAAAAUGCACUUUAUGUCAGUAGCGACGAUAACGAUGAAUUUAUCAAUGUGGCAUAGAAGUGACAGAAACAUGACAAUGUGACAUGUUAGUGACAGAAGCAUGACAAUGAGACAUAGAAGUGACAGAAACAUGACAAUGUGACAUGUUAGUGACAGAAGCAUGACAAUGAGACAUAGAAGUGACAGAAACAUGACAAUGUGACAUGUUAGUGACAGAAGCAUGACAAUGAGACAUAGAAGUGACAGAAACAUGACAAUGUGGCGUAGAAGUGACAGAAACAUGACAAUGUUACAUAGAAGUGACAGAAACAUGAUAAUGUGGCGUAGAAGUGACAGAAGCAUGACAAUGUGACAUAGAAGUGACAGAAACAUGACAAUGUGGCGUAGAAGUGACAGAAACAUGACAAUGUGACAUAGACGUGACACAAACAUGACGAU